GGAGACCCGGGGGCUGGAGUGCGGUACCUGAGCGAGACGCGCACCAGAAAGCCCACGUUGGCCGCUGCGGAGAGCGCGGCUCCGAGAGGCGGGAGCCUGCGAAUUCCGGCGCCGACGCCGCCGCUCCGCGCACGGGUCCGCUUCCCUCCCAUCCCUUCUGCGAGCGGGGUUUGCAGGGCAGCCGAACGAGCACGGAACGGAAAGCAAGAGCCUCACCGCCUCCGCUUGGGGAGUGGAACGGCGCGCCGAGAUCUUGAGGGGGAGCGACAGUGCCGUGCCCGAGGGCGGAGGGGGCGCGGAGUUUGUGAGAGGGAGAAGGAAGUGUAAGCCUCGCGGAGAAGGUGGGCACCUUGGGACGCCUAGUCCGCCACGGCCGGGGCCCUGCGGCGGGGUGAACUUCACGGCGGCCGUGCAAGCCGGGGAGAGGCGUGCGCGGGGAUGAUGCCGGUCAUCCUCCCCAGCUGGUGAGCGGCCCCGCCGUCCGUCCAGCCGCCCCGGAGGGCGCAAGGCAGCGCACGUGCGCGGGCAGCCAGACCCCGGAGAGACUGCGCCGUGACCCGCCCAGGAGCCAGGGCGCCGGCUGCCGCGCGGCCCCGACUCGGACGCACCUGGCCUGGAGCUUGCGCCUCCGGGGACCUGCGCGGGAGCGUGGGGCUCCCCCCCUGCCCCUCCAGCGGCCCUCCCGGGGAUCGCCCCCUCCUCCUCCCCUCCAGCCUGGGCAACUGCGGGCACCCCAGACGAACAUGAGAGAUACGGACUGAGGGCCAGGAAGGGGAAGCGAGCCCGCCGAGAGGUGGCGGGGCUCUUCACGCCCAAGGGCCACCGCGGCCGCGCUCCGGCCUCGCUCCGCCGCUCCACGCCUCGCGGGGCCCGCGGGGCCAGCCCGGCUCGGCGGGGAUGCUGGGGCGGAGGGCGCCGUGGCUGUGCUGGUGGUGGGGACUGCUCUGCGGCUGCUGCGGGCCCCCGCCCCUGCCCGCCGCCGGGGGCGCGCUGCUGGGGGACGGCGGGCGCCCCGGCCCCGCGGAGCCGCCGCCGCCGCCGCCGCAGACCUCCUCCUCGGGCUUCCUCUACCGGAGGCUCAAGACGCACGAGAAGCGGGAGAUGCAGAAGGAGAUCCUCGCCGUGCUGGGCCUCCCGCACCGGCCCCGGCCCCUGCACGGCCUCCAGCAGCCGCAGCCCCCUGCGCUCCCACCGCCCCCGCCGCCGCCGCAGCAGCCUCGCGGGGAGCCCCCGCCGGGGCGGCUGAAGUCUGCGCCCCUCUUCAUGCUGGACCUGUACAACGCCCUGUCCGCCGCCGACGACGAGGACGGGGCUUCCGACGAGGAGCGGCGGCAGCCCGGGCCGCGAGGAGGGGCCGGCUCGUCCCAGACCCGGCAGGCGGCCCUCGGCAGCAGGAGCGUCCUGGCCCCCGGACCCGGCGGCGGCGGCGCGUCUCCACUGACCAGCGCGCAGGACAGCGCCUUCCUCAACGACGCCGACAUGGUCAUGAGCUUCGUGAACCUGGUGGAGGACGACAAGGAGUUCUCCCCUCGCCAGCGACACCACAAAGAGUUCAAGUUCAACCUAUCCCAGAUUCCUGAGGGUGAGGCGGUGACGGCUGCAGAGUUCCGAAUCUACAAGGACUGUGUGGUUGGAACGAGUUUUAAAAACCAAACUUUUCUUGUCGGCAUUUACCAAGUCUUACAGGAGCAGCAGCACAGAGACUCUGACCUGUUUCUGUUGGACACCCGCGCCGUGUGGGCCUCGGAAGAAGGCUGGCUGGAAUUUGACAUCACAGCCACCAGCAACCUGUGGGUCCUGACCCCGCAGCACAACAUGGGGCUGCAGCUGAGUGUGGUCACGCGCGACGGGCUCGACAUCAGCCCCCGAGCCGCCGGCCUGGUGGGCAGGGACGGCCCCUACGACAAGCAGCCCUUCAUGGUGGCCUUCUUCAAGGCCAGCGAGGUCCACGUGCGCAGCACCCGCUCGGCCGCCGGCCGGCGGCGACAACAGAGCCGCAACCGCUCCGCCCCGGCCCAGGAUGUGUCGCGGGCCUCCAGCGCCUCAGAUUACAACAGCAGUGAACUGAAAACAGCCUGCAGGAAGCACGAGCUCUACGUGAGCUUCCAGGACCUGGGCUGGCAGGACUGGAUCAUUGCACCCAAGGGUUACGCUGCCAACUACUGUGAUGGAGAAUGCUCCUUCCCUCUCAACGCGCACAUGAACGCCACCAACCAUGCCAUCGUGCAGACCCUGGUUCACCUUAUGAAUCCCGAGUACGUCCCCAAACCGUGCUGUGCGCCAACGAAACUGAAUGCCAUCUCUGUGCUUUACUUUGAUGACAACUCCAACGUCAUCCUGAAAAAAUACAGGAACAUGGUCGUCAGAGCUUGUGGGUGCCACUGACUCAGGACGAGCUGCUGGGGACACAUGCACUGCCUUGGACUCCUGCAUCACGUCUGCCUUAAAAGGCACCCGGAAGCACCGAGACAGCGGGAUAAGACGCCGACACCAUCUCGUGCUGCCUGCUGCCUUUCCGCCCUGACAGACAUCUUAAAGGACCUCGUCCGUAACCUGCUCACGUAGUAAAUGUCGUGAGUAGUUGUCGGUCUCUAGGAAGCUGAGUUUGAGUGUCUGUAGCAUGAAGUCCGGUGACUGAAGAAACCUAACUUUGAAGGUUCCCCUCUGCCCCCCCAAACCCACCCAAAUUAUUUUGCUUUAGAUCAAGCUCUUUGUGGUUUUAGUAAGUAAAUAGGGAAGAUAAUCUUAAAGUAAAAUUCUUCUUGGCUCAGAUAUCAGCGGGCUCAGUAGCUGCUCACAGGUAGAUUUUGCAGAUCACGGGAAUGGGGGAAGAACGUCUCUGUUGAGCUCUCAUCCCAGGGAGGUCGGUUUCUCACGUGGGAUCAACGGCCCGGGAGGGAGCCGGGCAGCCCGCAAGUGCCUUUUGUCUCAGUCGUGCUGUUACAUGUUUGUGCGGGCGUUUUGUCCAUAUGAAAAUAUCCUUAUUUCAGUUCAACCAUAUCAUUUCCACCCCGCGCCCCCCCCCCCCCCCACCACCACCAGCAGUUGCUGUUUUCUUUGCUAGGACCAAAAACAGAGACUAAAGUGAUCCCACUUUGAGGCGAGGCUCCGGGGAUGAGAAGUCUUCUUAAAGCCAUCACUUUAACCGAGCUACACGCCCGCACCUCUCCCCCUGAGGGACGGCUCUUUGAAAAAGCACGUUUACGUCAGGAAUGUCAGCCCUCAUCUGUGUCGGUAAAACGGUUCCUUGCCUCUUACUGGACAGCGUCCCGCAUCUUGAGGUUAGACCAGCACAGGCGAUGAGCUGAGGAAGGGCACCCAGCCUUAGGAAGAGAUUAGGAUGGGUAUGUGGUUUAGGAACCGAAAUCACGGUUUUCUCCUGUAGAAAGUAAGACUCAGAUUAAAUCUGAGAGUAUUUUUUAAAUGUCUUUUUCACAAUCAUGUACUCGGAAACCAAUUUCAUACUAAACUGAUUAAAUAAUACAUUUAUGAUCUAUAACUGCACUUACAGCUUUUUUGUAAAUAUAAACUAUAAUUUAUUGUCUAUUUUAUAUCUGUUUUGCUGUAACAUUUAAGGAAAGACCAGACUUUUUUUUUUUUAAAGAGUUUAUUUAGAAAGUAUCAUAGUGUAAACAAAUUGUACCACUUUGAUUUCCUUUUUAAAGCAAGACUCACGAUGCAAAGAUGAAUCCACUCAUGAGGAUUGUGCUUCUCUAGAAAGUUGGGGUCUUUUUUAAAGAACAUCUGUGAACCAUACAUGAUUAAUAAAGAUUUUCUUUAAGGCAGAGGCUGGCCGGGAUCCUGUUGUCGUCUGCCGU